AUGGAACUCAGCAUAAUAGGGACAAUCCUGCUCGACCUCUCCCUCGUGGGACUCGUCUACGCCGCCGCACUCAUCUUCUACCGCCUGUAUCUCAGCCCAUUAGCACGCUUCCCCGGCCCGCGUCUCGCCGCAGCCACCGGCCUGUACGAAGUGUACUAUCAACUCGUCAAGGGCGGCAUCUUCACCUGGCAAAUCAACCGGCUGCACGACCAGUACGGCCCGAUCAUCCGCAUCAAGCCGGACGAGCUGCACAUCCGGGACCCGGACUACUACGCGACGCUGUACUCGGGCCCGGGCACGCACCGCAACAAGGAAGCCGGCUUCAGCUUCAUCGCCUUCCCGCAGUCCAUUUUCUCGACGGAGGACCACGCCCUGCACCGCGACCGCCGCCGGGUGCUGGGCCAGUUCUUCAAGAAAAAUGCGAUCCUGCGGCUCGAGCCGGCGAUCCGCGCCAACAUCGCGCUGCUGGAGAAGCACUUCGCGGCCCUGGUCGACACGCAGGGCUGUCUGGAGCUGCACACGGCGUUCCAGUGCUUCACCUCGGACACGCUCUCGCAGUACUGCUUCGGCCGCCAGCAGGGGUUCCACUACCUCGAACAGCCGGAGCUGUCCAACACGUGGAAGCUGCGCAUCAACUGGAUGUUCGAGUUCUGUCGCGUGAACCGCCAUCUGCCGUUCUUGGUCGUGUUGGCGCGGCGGUGGCCCGCCAUGGCGGAGCGGUUCUGUCCGCCGUUUGCGCAUAUCAUGGGCAUGGAGCAGGACGUGAGAAGCUUCGUACGCCACGCAAUCCACCAACACCAAACCCAAACCUCGACCCUCUCUCCUUCGAAAACAGACAGCCCCAAAGACCCAACACCCCCAAUCUACACCAGCAUCCUCGCCGACCCCUCCGUGCCCGCCAGCGAAAAGGACUCGCCCCGUCUCGAAGACGACGCCAUCUUCCUCAUGAUGGCCGGCACCGACGCCCCCUCCCAAGCCCUAGCCAUCACCAUGUUCCACAUCCUCGACAACCCAUCCGUUCACGAGAGACUCAAAGCCGAGUUACUCGCCAACAUCCCCGACGUGCGCUGCAUCCCUGCGUUGGAGAGCCUGGAACAAAUGCCCUUCCUU